CAAACGGAAGUAAGCAUGUGUGUAAUAUUUGAACGCACUCGUCUGUCAAAUAGAAGGCAGCUGUAGUGCGAGUAUGUCGACCUUGUCCUUGCUGCCUCCAAACCUGCUUAGAAAUAAGGAGAGUUUUAAGAGACUGAUCGCGCACUUUAAGUAUUUGCACACUAGAGGCGGAAUAUGGACGGUCAACACAAGCACUCCGUGGAUCUCGAGCUCCCGGGGACCGAAAUCUGCUCUCGUGUCCCGGAGACGGGUUCCUGCGGGGCAGCUGACAGCAGGGAACAUGUGCUCCAGCUCCAGUGAGGAUAAGACCAGCUGGCUCUGGUCUGUCUACAAUGAAACCAAACAGCAAACGCAAGAUUUAAUUCCUGUCAUAUCAAGCAACUUUGUGAACCCAGACACCAUCUUUGCUAAUAAUCAGAUGAGUCUGCAGGACGUUGAGAUCUAUGGCUUUGACUAUGAUUACACACUUGCGUUCUACUCCAGCCACCUUCACACACUCAUAUUCAACAUCGCCCAAGACAUCCUCAUCGAUGAGCACAGGUAUCCAGAGGGACUGAAGGCAUAUGAUUAUAUGCCGAAUUUUGUGAUUCGUGGUCUGCACUAUGAUGUACAGAAGGCCUUACUGAUGAAGAUUGAUGCCUUUCAUUAUAUCCAGCUGGGUACAGUGUACAGGGGUCUUAAUCCUGUGCCAGAAAAGGAGGUCAUUGCGAUGUACGAGGGCUCCCAUGUACCCCUCGAGAUCAUGAGUGACUUCUAUGGCAAGAGCUCUCAUGGUCACACCAUGAAGCAGUUCAUGGAUAUCUUCUCCCUGCCAGAAAUGACGCUGCUAUCAUGCGUUAAUGACUACUUCAUGAAGCACAACAUCGACUAUGAGCCUGUUCAUCUUUAUAAAGACGUCAAGGAGGCCAUAGGAGAUGUCCAUGUCAGAGGGAUUAUGUACCGAGCGGUAGAGGCUGAUAUCGAGAAGUACAUCUGUUACGGUGAACAGACGCAUGCUGUUUUACGGAAGCUGUCUAAGACCGGGAAGAAGAUGUUUUUGAUUACAAACAGCCCUUUUGAUUUUGUAGAUCGAGGCAUGAACUACAUAGUUGGUAAAGACUGGCGGGACCUGUUUGAUGUUGUGAUAGUGCAGGCCGACAAGCCAGGCUUUUUCAAUGACAGGAGGAAACCAUUCAGACGAGUUACUGAUAAAGGCGUGCUGCUAUGGGACAGAAUCCACCACCUUGAGAAAGGGCAGAUCUAUAAACAGGGAAACCUGUAUGAGUUUUUGCGGCUUACGGGCUGGAGGGGCUCAAAGGUUUUGUACUUUGGAGAUCACAUUUACAGCGAUCUUGCCGACUUGACUCUAAAACACGGUUGGAGAACAGGAGCUAUCAUUCCUGAGCUGCGUAAAGAGAUCAAAAUCAUGAAUACUGAGGAGUACGUCCACACCAUGACCUGGCUGCAGGCCCUGACCGCACUGCUGGAACAAAUGCAGGUGCACCAGGACUCAGCAUCACAAACAGUCAUUCAGCAGUGGAUCAAUGAAAGGGAGGAGAUGAGGUUACGGACCAAAGACAUCUUCAACACCCAGUUCGGGAGUCUUUUCCGCACAUACCACAACCCGACCUACUUCUCGCGCCGUCUUUCCCGCUUCGCCGACAUCUACAUGGCAUCCCUCAGCUGUCUGCUGAACUACGACCUCCAGCACACCUUCUACCCCAGACGCACACCCCUGCAGCACGAGUCUCCCAUCUGGCCCGAGCAGACCAGCACCAGAGCCAUGAACAUCCCCUUCCAGAGCCACAGGACAACCACAGGAUCCGAAUAGAGAGACUGUACAAGACACAUGCUGUAACAUGUACGUACCAAAGAGCAGCUGCAGUUACGUGUUACAUCACUUUAAUCAGAUUCCACUCUACUUUAAAGACACAUGUGGGUGAGACACUUCAUAUAACUUAGAUCUGUGUAGAUCUGUGCUGUGGUACAUGCAAUCUGUGGAUACCUUCUUUUUGAUACCGUAUAAAACACUCUACAUGGACAAGAGAGUAGUUAAGGAGCUCUGUGGUGUUUUAAUGUGCCUCGCAGUGUAAGGGAGAUUUUAUUUUUGUAGUUUGCAGCCUUUUUUUCCUCAUUGGUCUUCAUAAAACUCUCUAUUAUGCUUAUUGAUAGACUAAGGGAGAGAAAGUGAAUGUACAUACGGAAGGGUUAAAAAUCAAGCUGAUUUUGAGCUGAAGCUGGUUGCAGACAGAUUUUGUUUGGAUCAAAAAGGAAACUCUCAGGAAGGCAGAUGGACACUAUAUUCAUUUUGAAAUGAUCAUAAAAACCGUUUCAAUGUUUAAUGAUUUAAAAAGCCUUACAUACUGUGUUUAGCAAUAUUUGAUGAUAUAUAUAUAUAUAUAUAUAUAUAUAUAUAUAUAUAUAUAGUGGCUUCAAAAGUUUGAGACUGCUAGUGAAAAAGAUAUACACUUACAUUCAGAAGUUUGGGGUCAGUCAGAUUCAUUAUUUAUUUUUAUUCUUUAUUAUUUUUUUUUUAAAUUAAAUUAUUUUAAUCCUCAAGGAUGCCUCAAAUUGAUAAAAAGUAACAGUAAAAGCAUUUAUAAUGUCACAAAAGAUUUCAUAUAAAUGCUGUUCCUUUUACCUUUUUAUUAAUCAAAGAAUCGUGCAAAACGUCUCACCAUUUGCAGAAAAAAAUUAGCUUCACAUUUGUUUUCAACACUGAUAAGAAAUGUCUCUUGAGCAGCAAAUCAGAAUGAUUUCUGAAGGAUCAUGUGACACUGAAGACUGGAGGAAUUAUGCUGAAAAUUCAGCUUUGCAUCACUGGAAUAAAUUACAUUUUAACGGUACUUUAAAAUAUUAUAAUAAGACUGCUUUACUGUAUUUUUGAUCAAAUAAAUGCAGCUUUGGUGAGCAUAAUAUAUUUCUAGAAAUCUAAAAUAAAUCUUACUAAACUGAUCUUUUAAAUUAUUAUUUAUUAUUUUCUUUUUAUUGCAUAUGUGACCCUGGACCCCAAAACCAGUCUUAAGUCACUGGGGUAUAUAUGUAGCAAUAGCCAAAUAUAUAUAUAUAUAUAUAUAUAUAUUUUGUAUUGGUCAAAAUUAUAGAUUUUUCUUUUAUGCCAAAAAUCAUUAGAAUAUUAAGUAAAGUAAUAUGCAUUGCUAAGAAUUCAUUUGGACCAUUAAAAGGCUAUUUACUCAAUAUUUAGAUUUGUUUUGCACCCUCAGAUUCCAGAUAUUCAAAUAGAUUUAUCUCGGCCAAAUAUUGUCCGAUCCUAACAAACAAUACAUCAAUGGAAAGCUUUUUAAUUCAGAUUUCAUGUGAUGUAUCAAUAACAAUUUUGACAAAUUGACACUUCAUACACAUAUACAUUAAGUCACAUAUCCAGUAAAACUGAAAAUGGGAAUUUGACAUCAAGGACUGUAAUCCUAAAACCUAAAAUUUUCUAGGUUUAAAUUUGAUUUUGAAUCUCAGUUUUUUCAUUGUGGUUUAAUAUUUUUGGUCCCUGUUGUAUGUUUUGUUGAAUAUCGACAUUGUGUGACUAUUUAGAAAUCAUCAUUAUUAUGCUGAACAUAUAUUGUUGCUGUACAACGAGAGUUUGUGUGACUCUUAAAGUUAAGGAGCGUAUUGUACUACCAUGUCAGCAUUUCUGCCUAUAAUUGUAAAAAUAUAGUUUCUUUUUUUACUGUUUCAUUAUACUGAACUUGGUAUUGUAUGAACAUUUGCAUCGUGUUUUGAAGGCGCCAGUAUUGGAUGGAUUUUUCUUUGUUGAAAUUGAGAACACUAGCUUUUUUUGUCUGCUUAUCUUUUCUUUUCCUUUUUUGACACUGAAGGAAGGACUUUUGUGACACUUUUUUGCCUUUUGUAAUUUAUUUGGCUUUAACUUAUUUAAAGUGUAUUUUAUUUGGGAUAUUUAUUAUAAAUUUAAUCAAAUUGAUAA